UGGGGCUAACUCUGUUCAAAAACCUUGGCCUCUUGCUGCCCAGAUGUCUUUUCUGGCUUCUGUUGUGAUUUCAAGAAAAACAAUCACUAAUGAUAUUUGGAAUGAGGAGAUGGAAGAAAAUAUGGAGCCAAGCCUCAAUAGUUCUGUACAUGACUCAGAAUUCGACUUGAGUGCCACUGUUCCUUCUGAUGAUGAAAGAGGUGUAACCGAUUUAGAAAGUUUAUCAAUAAUGACAGACAGGACAGAGGCAAUGACAGAAAGGGUCGAUUUUAGCAGAGAAGCUGCUAUGACAGGCUCCAAAACAUCUGCAUUAAAGAAUGGCGAUUCAGAAUCCAAUGUCUGCACUAAAAAGAGGAAAAAAGAUGCAACAGAUGAAAUUCUGGAUUUCAUGAGAAGUACUACCUCUGUAUUGACGGAAAAAGAUGAUGAUGAUCCCGACAGAAAUUUCUUACUGAGUAUGCUACCGGAUUUUAAAGAAUUAAGCAAAGAGGCAAAAUACAAAGCCAAAAUGGGUUUUCUGAGCUUAUUGCAUGAGUUGGGAAAAUAAAUAAAGUAGCUUCAACUCUUC